UGCUCACUCUGUGAGGAGAGUUACUGAAGAAUAAUUCAGCACACACAGAGUUUGCACAGCAGCCUUAAUCACAGCAGUGUGUUUAUCCCAGGGCCCAACAUUAAAAGGAAGCUGCUACUUUUCUAUUUGUCUGCUGAUCUUGUGCUAACACAUAGACUGUUUGCUGAAGCUGAGAGUGUUGCAUCUUUUUUCUAGGAUGGGAUCAAGUUAUAAACUGAGUUCACAGUAGAACCACAGACUACAGUUAGCAACAGAUGAAGAAGUGGACUCGCUAACUGGUGACCUUGUUCAUACAGCAGAACACAGAAGGAGAAACUGCCAUUUCCAAAUUAUUUGAGCCAGGAGUUGAAAAAGCUGCUUUGAUUGUCGUCCGGGUCCCUUCCUCAGAGGAAACACAUCCUGUUAAUGUUUGACUGUGAAGUCGCACUACUGAAUGUUUGUUGCAGCCAGCAACGCCCAAAGACUCAACAACACAGUUAGAAAAACAACAGUUUCCUCCUAACUUUCAGAGUCAUUUUCUCUUCGUAUCUUACCAGUAUGUCAGGAUUGUGUCACCCCUGAAGCAUGAAGUCUAUUUCAACAAGAUGUUCAAUUUCUGCUUAACUGUUUAAUCUACUGUGUGGUGCUUUGCUGCAAUUUUUAAUAUUCUGAUUUAAACUGAAAGUAAUUUCAGCAAACAUUACAACAAACUGCCUUGGACAUCAAGUUGAUCUGCUUUUCAACAAAUUGACAAAUAGCUGCACUGGGCUAGGUGAUCACCCAGUUGCCUCCUCCAGCCUUAUUCAAGGCUCUUCACUUGCAGCAUCCAUAUCUUCAACAAAAGGGAUGGACCUGCAUGAACGACAGCUUAUCACUGCUGCGUCUCCGGUGAAGAAGGCGCAAGAGGGCGGAUAAACCACGUUAAUUUGCACCACAGCCUGGACACCCAAAGUAUUCAGAAUCUGACACAUCCCUGUUGAGGAUACUAGUGGAUGCGAGGAUGAAUGUUCAGCUCCCCUAGCAGCUCUCAGGCAGCUCUAGGUGCACCUGCACUUCCAAUGCACAUGAGUGUUUUGUGUAGAAAUAAAAAAGCUCCCUUGUGUUCACUCGGCAACUUAGAGCUGUCUUGGAGUUGAGGAAAAGCAGCUGGGCAUGGCUGUCCAAAAGCUGGUGGCUACAGCUGUAGCAGUGGCUCUCCUGUCUCUGAUUCUCAACAAUGCAGCAGCGUUCACCCCAAACUGGGUGUACCAGGCCCUGGAGGAUGGGAGAAAGCGCAGUGUGGGAUUGUGGAGGAUGUGCUAUGGGAUUGAUAAAGGCAAAGGGCCAACAAGGCAUGAACAGACUUUGCAUCGUGACUGUGAGAAUUUGAACUGGGGAUCGGAGCACCCUGGAUUUCAGGAAUCUCGGAACACAGUCAAACUUCAGUUUGACAUGAUGCGAGCCUGUAACCUGAUUGCCACAGUGGCUCUGACUGUUGGCCAGCUCAUCUUUCUUCUUGGACUGAUGGAACUGCCACUCAUUACCCAGGAUUCCCAGUGGUGGGAGGAGGCCAUAGCUGCUCUGUUUCAACUGUCCAGUUUUGUGUUGGUGAUUGGACUAGUGACGUUCUACCGAAUUGGCCCCUAUACUCAUCUCUCUUGGUCAUGUUAUCUGGACAUUGGAGCCUGCCUUUUGUCAACACUUUCAGCAGCCAUGUUGAUCUGGAACAUAUUACACCGACGGGAGGACUGCAUGACGCCCCGUGUUAUUGUUAUCCGUCGCUCAAGGCCCCGUUUUGAAAAUGACUAUGUGGAGUCUCCAUGCUGAGGUGAAUCUGAUGAAAGGCCAGGUGACAAUUUGCAUGUGUUUGAGAACUGCAAGAUGUCUACUUGCUCACGAACUAACUAAAUCUCUACCCAAUAGUCAAAAUCUGGGGAAGGUUGGCAAGGUGAGUACACAGUGGGGGAUGGGAGAAAGGAAGGGUUGGAACUUAAAAACAACAAACAAUUUUGAUUUGGCGCCCCAACAUAUUUUCUGAGGAAAGAUGUAAAUCAUAGAUUAAAAAUACCACAACAGUGUAUUACAGCAGGAAGUAAAGGAGAACUAACUCAGCAAAUACAGGGAACAAAUGUACCUCAUAUAUUAGAGGGUUCUCCAUUAGGUUCAAAUGCACUUCCUGUGAUCCAAUUGCAUAUGGCUUAAGAUGCUCACUUGCUGACGGAUUGCUGAUAAGUUGUAGCACAUUGGUGAUGAGGUCUUGUCAGUUCCUGGCCAGGAAAUUAGGCUGAGGAACAUUGUGAAGCAGAAAGAAUUCUCUUACUCCUCUCCCCCCGCAGUAGAUACAUCACAUAAGUUCAAGCAUCUGCUCCUGAAUAUCAAGUUUUCAUAAUGGAUGCUCAGGUGUCUAGAUUGACUAAUAUUUAAAGGAAUAAUACUCAUCUGUCAAACAACCUAUGUUUUAAUUUAAACCAACUAAUUAGAUAGGACACAGUAUGUAUUUUAUAUAACAAUAGAAUGAAACAAUGGCUAGAAUCACUUUUGUUAUCUGCCUUUGACAUCAAUGACCUCAGAAUGCAAUGGGACAGAUACUAUUGCCCACUGACUCCAAAUUGCAUGGGCAAACCAACAGAUCAGAAGUUUCAAUAAGGAAAAGUGAGGUUUUAACAACAAAUUGAACAUUAAUGGCCAACUGUAAACAAUGCUGCAAUUCACAGCCAUUGGGUGGAGUUGAAAUGAAGACAUGCACAUUCUGUGUCCUCCUUAAGACAACACCUCUGUAACUCAGUACUUUCAGUUGCUUUUUCAAAGUGCACUGAAAUUGUACAAUACUGUAUUAAAACAAAUAGUGACAGCAGUGUUUGGGUUGGAAACUCAUCUAUCUCACCAAUGCAGUCAGUUCUGCGACCCUUGGGGUAACAUUUUACCAAAACAACCCUCAAGUGAAAUCAGUAUUUCUGCACCACAUUCAAGCAGAUUUUCCCAGGGUGGGGGCAGUGGUGGUGGGGGGCUGCAGUUGGCCACUGGACAUGUCGAGCAUAGCCAAAGCUUGUUGCAUCUGCCUCAGUGAGGUAUUAUGGCUCAGUCGCAACCUGGCACAAGCUGGUCAUGAGAUUAGGUCUUGAGUGGGGGAGUGGGGCAUGAAAUCUGGUUGUUAAAACAGGACAGCGAAGUCACAGUCAGGAUCUUCUAGCUACUGUUGGGGAAGAACAACUUGGAAAGCCGCCUGCCUACCCCUAGCCUGACAUCUCUAAAGGCAAACAAAGAGACUUAACAGCCAGUAGCCUAUCUCUCUCUAGCCCACCAGUCAGAGGUGAGUUGGGGGCAGGAUCUGUUUUUUUCUGAAUGCACCACAGGCAUUGGUGCACCACUGUAGAAAAAUGAGGCAGGAACAUCCCUUCCCACUUUGCUUCCAUGAGAACAGUUGGUCUGGGCAACUCCAGGAUGUGCCUUUGGGAAAGCCCCAGAAAUUCCAAUGGAGCUUAAAGGGGUGGAGAUUGAGUGUUACGGAUCUCCCUGACCUUAGUUCUUGGGAAACAAAUGUUCCUUUGAGCUUAUUUUAGGAAAAUCGGGCCCAUUACUCUCAAUAAAUGCAUAGCAUAACACAAGGAUUGAAACAGCAAACUUACAGAUGCUGGAAGUAAUUAUAUUCUUUCAGUUGUACAUUUUUAAAAAAUGCUGGAAAUGAUAUCGGUGGAAUUGUUACACUAUUUCCUGCCUGUGAAAUCUGGAGCUAUUACAUUGGAGGUGAACCUAGAACCCACAUUGACUUUGCCGUGAUGUUUAACACUUCCCUCACAUGGUUAAUUCAGCGCACUGGCAACAAUGUUCUACAGUGAGAAAAAGAAAUCACACAAACCAGGUGACUUCAAUGUGUGUAACCCGUUCGUCCCAGUAUUUCACUAGUAUUACGUGUUUCAAAAUGCUCUGUCCAGACACAACACAGAUUUAAAAACAGUAUUUGUGCUUUGGGGUGUUUUGGGCAUUUUAAGUGGAUAGUGUGAACAUUUCACACAACCUCAUUCAUUAUGUUUUACAGUUUGUAGCACCAUUGCUUCAGUAAGCCAUCUCACCUCAGCCAACUGAACACUGAUCAAAUUCAGACCUGUCAAUGGUAGGUUGAAGUGUUCAACUUCAGCAGGAUGUUUAACACAACAUAUAGGUGCUAGGCCAUUUUAUCUGCUGUGAUAUUGAAGCACUAUAUUCAAACAACAAGUAUGAGAAUGAAAGCGCAUUGCAUAUUUCAGCAUACUGGGACCAUUUUCAAAUGCAGCAAAAUUGCUCAAGAUUAACUAAAAUAUAUGAAAAAUACCUCAACUUUCGGUUUUAAUAGGGACAUUUUAAUUCCCAAGCUGGUGACAUUUUUUUUGUUGAACUGAAGUACCACUUUGCCAUUGUUUCUUAAUUCAAUAUUUUUCAGUGUAUAAACCUUAAAAUAUCAGUAGAAGGAACACAUUCUAAUUUUCUCUCACACAAACCAAUAGAAUAUUAAUACCACACAUCAUCAGAAGUAUCAAAUACCAGUUACCAGUCCACCCCAGCAAUACUGUGAAUCUACCCAGGGUACAGUUCUGUCUCCUGCACACUGUGUGAAACUACCCAAGCAUUGAUAGUAUAACACUAGUAUUUAUAAUAGCAUCUCAUCUCAUUGAAAUGUCUCUAAGGGCUUCACCUUUAGGGGCACUUUUUCACCUUCAGUGCUCCUGGAGUGAAAAAAUACUUGUUGAGAGCAUACAUUAGGAACUGAGGUGUGCACUUUCCACAAUUAUCCAACCACCAACACCUGCGCUUUCCCCCCAAGUCACAUACAAUUCUGUCUUGGAAAUAUAUCACUGUUCCUUCAAUACUGAGGGGGCAAAAUCCUGUAAUACUCUCCCUAACAGCACUGUGGAAGUAUCUACACCACGUGGCCUGUAGCUGUUUAAGAAGGUGGCUCACCACCACAUUCUCAAGGGCAAUUAGGGAUGGUCAAUAAAUAUUGGCCUUGCCAGCGACUCAAAUCCCACAAAUGAAUAAAAAAAACCACAUUAACAGCAGCAUCAAUGUUAAAGACAAACUUAUGGAAGUGCAGUGGCUGUUAUAUAGGAGGCACCAUUCCACAUCACGAGUAGCACAUGACCAGAUACUCAUCCAGCUCAUUUUUUCAAUGAAAUAAAUCCUACUGAGUCAGUUGCAUAUACAGCUAAGGCAUAAAUUCUUCAAUGCAAAGUGUUUACAUACUCUAAUCUACACUGAGAGAUGUUUGGCCAACAGUAAUUGAAAUCAGCACCUACCCAGAGUGUUGUUCUGUGCAAUGAUUGCUUUCACUAGUGAACACACAACUUUUUGCUAUGUUACCAAAAAACCUAAAUAUAUUGUAUCUGAGUUGCUGAAUGGUCUAAGACAGCAGGGGUCAAGUAGGCUCUUGGGAACUGCACUUAAAUCUAUUAUCAACUUAAUUGCAUGUACUGGAUAAUAAAAGAUAUAUAUAUAGCUGUGUGAUACAAAAAAGUAAGUAUAUUUGAUGCACAAACUCUGUUGCUCCUUCACAGCAUUAAAUGCUCUUAAGUGCAGUUACAGUGGGUUUCAUAUAAUUCUGGUACAGAGCAGCUGUUACUGAAAUAUUUAAGACACCAGAAUACUUUUGGUUGUUGUUGCUGCAUCACGAGUUUCUCCUGUGCAUUUAAUUUAAAGCCCAUGCAUUUCCUUAAAUAAAAUCUAUACAAUCAAA